CGUGGUGUCAGCCCGUCUUUUGCCGUGUUAUUGUGAGUUCCUCGGUCCUGUCAAGGCUGGGAAGGGAAUGUCUCUACGCUGCGGGGACGCCGCCCGCACCCUGGGGUCUCGGGUUUUUGGAAGAUGUUUGUACAGCCCUGUCAGAGCAUUAAGUUCCCUGCCAAAUAAAAAGAAGGCAUUUCUGCAGAAUGGACCAGACCUUCAAGAUUUCCUAUCUGGCGAUCUUGCAGAUAAGAGCACCUGGGAUGAAUAUAAAGGGAACUUGAAACGCCAGAAAGGAGAGCGGCUGAGGCUGCCUCCGUGGCUGAAGACUGAGAUCCCCAUGGGGAAAAACUACAACAAACUAAAAAAUACACUGCGGAACUUAAACCUGCAUACUGUGUGUGAGGAGGCCCGGUGUCCCAACAUUGGAGAGUGCUGGGGAGGGGGCGAGUAUGCCACUGCCACAGCCACAAUCAUGCUAAUGGGCGACACAUGUACCAGAGGUUGCAGGUUUUGUUCUGUCAAGACUGCCAGGAAUCCUCCUCCGCUGGAUGCCAGCGAGCCCUACAACACUGCCAAGGCCAUCGCAGAGUGGGGCCUCGACUACGUCGUCCUGACCUCCGUGGACCGAGAUGAUGUGCCUGAUGGCGGGGCUGAGCACAUUGCGAAGACUGUGUCCUGCAUUAAGGAAAGGAAUCCCAAGAUUCUUGUGGAAUGUCUCACCCCUGAUUUCCGCGGAGAUCUGAAAGCGAUAGAGAAAGUUGCUCUGUCAGGAUUGGACGUGUAUGCACAUAACAUAGAAACAGUUCCGGAAUUACAGAGGAAAGUUCGAGAUCCGCGGGCGAAUUUCGACCAGUCCCUACGUGUCCUGAAACAUGCCAAGGAGGUUCAGCCUGAUGUUAUUUCUAAAACAUCUAUAAUGUUGGGUUUAGGCGAGAGUGAUGAGCAAGUGUAUGCGACCAUGAAAGCGCUCCGUGAAGCAGAUGUGGAUUGUUUAACUUUAGGGCAAUAUAUGCAGCCAACAAAGCGUCACCUUAAGGUUGAAGAGUAUGUUACUCCUGAAAAGUUCAAAUACUGGGAAAAAGUAGGAAAUGAACUUGGGUUUCAUUACACAGCAAGUGGCCCUUUGGUGCGUUCUUCAUACAAAGCAGGUGAAUUUUUCCUGAAAAAUUUAGUGACUAAAAGGAAACAAAAGCCUUCUAAACCAUAAAGAAGACUUUCAGGAUCACACACACACACACACAAAAAAAAACCCAAUCCAAACAAAAAAAAACAUUUGCUUGCAGUUGGUACCAGUUGUGGAUCCAGAAUGCCUAGCCUUCAGUGGAUGGACUUCAAUUUUUUGUUUUACAAAAAAAUCAGUAAGCCAUAUUUAUUUCGUUAUAGUAAUUCAUGUGACUUUUUAGCCUAUCUUUGUCCUAAUAAGCUCUUACUUGCUGUGAUUUAAUCAUAAACCAUUUUAAGAAUUUUGCUAUUUGGUUAAUGUGGAAAUACAUUAAAGACUUCCUGAAGGAUUUUCAAGCCACUGUGAUUAAUACCCCGUCAUCAUUGCUGUAAACACAACGCCUCUGUGCUAAGCUGGUGAAACAAGCAACACGGAGGAGCCUGGGACAUUAGCGGAGUAACUGGAAAAAGGUUUAGAAUUUUGGAUGUUGGUUCUUGGAGUGGGUGAAACUGCUUCAGACCCUGCCAGGGAGCUGCCCACUGAGCACUCGGCAGCGCUCCUGGGACGCCGAGCUCCUGGGACGCGAGCCCUGCCCCAGGACGGCGGCUACAGGCCAGGCCUUGUUUGCAGCAGCUUCCUAAAUCUGCUGCGCCGUCUUACAUGUUUACUCUUUUUUUUCCUCUGCUGAAGUGUAUUAUAUGAUAGGAAUAACCCAAAAAAGGCAUUUCUUUCCAACAAAUUCAUAUUCUUUUGACCCCAAGUCCUGUUUUUCUGCUUAGUCUAUAUCACACAAAGGAAAAAUUAUGCUGCUCUACUGUAAAAUAUGUACAGUCAAUUUUCUUUUUGGAAUGCUUAAAUAAAA